CGCAGGGCUGCCGGCGCCAUGGGCCCGCCGGCGUUCGUCCUCGCGGCGCUCCUGGUGCACUGCGUCUUCCUGGCUUCCCUCUUUGACAUCUACUUCAGCUCCCCGCUGGUGCACGGCAUGGCCCCGCAGCGGGUCCCGCUGCCCGCUCCGGCCAGGCGCCUCGUCCUCUUCGUGGCCGACGGCCUCCGCGCGGACGCCCUCUUUGGACUGGAUGGCAGCGGGGCGCCUCGCGCCCCUUUCCUCAGGAGUAUUCUGGAGAAUAACGGUAGCUGGGGGAUCUCUCACACCCGUGUCCCAACCGAGUCUAGACCAGGCCACGUUGCACUGAUAGCUGGAUUUUAUGAAGAUGUCAGUGCUGUUGCUAAAGGCUGGAAGGAGAAUCCAGUGCAAUUUGACUCCGUUUUCAAUGAGAGCAAGUAUACUUGGAGCUGGGGAAGCCCAGAUAUUUUGCCAAUGUUUGCCAAAGGUGCUAGUGGAGAUCAUGUUUAUACAUUUUGUUACACAGCAGAAAGUGAAGAUUUUGGAGCACAAGAUGCAGCGAAGCUUGACAGUUGGGUUUUUGAUCAUGUUAAGGACUUCUUUACUUCUUCCAGAAAUAAUCAAACGUUGUAUUCUGCACUAACUGAAGAAAAAGUGGUUCUGUUCCUGCAUUUGCUAGGUAUAGACACAAACGGGCAUGCUCAUCGGCCAAACUCCAGGGAAUACAAGGAAAAUAUUAAAAAAGUUGAUGAGGGUGUGAAAGAAAUUGCUUCAAUGCUUGAAAAUUUUUAUGGAAAUGAUGGAAAAACUGCAUUCAUCUUAACUUCUGACCAUGGAAUGACAGAUUGGGGAUCCCAUGGAGCUGGCCAUCCCUCAGAGACCUUAACACCUCUGAUUGCUUGGGGUGCUGGAGUGAAUUACCCACAGAGGGUUGCAUCCCAGUUCUUUGAAGACAGUUUUUUGCAAGAAUGGAAACUGGAGAACUUCAAGAGGCUGGAUGUCAAUCAGGCUGAUAUAGCACCACUGAUGGCUUCUCUUAUCGGUGUUCCUUUUCCUCUGAAUUCUGUGGGAACUCUGCCUCUGGACUAUCUGAACAGCAGCGCUCAUUUCAAAGCAGAGAGCAUGUUUACAAAUGCCGUUCAGAUUCUCGAACAGUUUAAGGUAAAGAUGACUCAGAAAAAGGAAACAACAUUGUCGUUCCUGUUCACCCCAUUUAAGCCACUUUCUGAUUCUGAACAAAUUAAUUUUUUAAAGAAAACAAGACUCUACAUUCAGCAGGAAAAGUACGAUGAAGCGGUAUCUCUGUGCAAAACGGUGAUCAACCUUGCUUUGGAAGGCCUGUCUUACUACCAUACUUACGACAGAUUAUUCCUGGGCCUGAGUAUUGCCAUGGGUUUUGUGGGCUGGACGGCUUACGUGAUCCUGGUGAUUGUCAAGACCCAUACCAAUCUGGCUAAGGCUGCUCCAAGACAUGGCAAGGAAUCCACUAUUCUCUUGUACGUCUUUGCAUUUGUUGGAACAAUAAUAACUUUCUUCCUGUUGAUCCAAACAUGUCCUUGGACCUACUACAUAUACUGUCUGUUGCCAGUGCCGGUAUGGUAUGCAGUUGUGAAAGAAUUUCAUGUUAUUCAAAAUCUUGCUGCAAAUCUCUCGUUGCUUCCUGUUGGCCAGUCUGUGGGAUUUCUGUUUGUUUGUGCACUGGGAAUUGAAAUAUUAGUUUUCAGCUUUUUCUACCGCUUUGCGCUCACAAUUGGACUUCUUGUCUUUGCUGUCUGGCCAGUGAUCACUCAGCUGUGGGUUCAGGCAAAGAAGACAGCGUUGACCUGGAUUCUUCUGUGUGCACUUCUGGCAAUAUUUCCUUUAAUGCCUGUUGUGGGAAGAGAACCAAACAUUCCUCUGGUAAUAACAGCUGGUUUGCUGACUCUUUUGAUCUCUUGCUCCUCCUUGGCAUCUCUUUGUAAAAGCAAAAAUAAAUACGUGAUUAAGGAAGAUCUGAAAGUACACCUUUGUCAGAUGUUGAGCAUUGCACUUUCAACGUACGUCGUGAGCAGUACGCAUAGCAGUCUUCAGAGCAAGCAGGGACUGCCAGUAUUCAACCAGAUUAUUAGCUGGGCAACUCUAGUUGCUUCCUCAGUGCUGCCUUUACUGAGCCCCACGUUGCUCUUCCAGCGACUGCUGAGCGUGCUGCUCUCCCUCAUGGCCAUCUACCUGCUCCUCAGCACCGGAUAUGAAGCUCUCUUUCCACUGGUGCUGUCUGGUUUGAUGUUUGUGUGGAUAAAUAUGGAGCAAGAAGCGCUGCAGCACUACGGUCUUUCACUCAAACCAAAGCUUGCUGUUUUCAGCUUCUCCUGCCCGACGGAUAUAAGCCAGUUUCGGCAGCUCCACUUGGAUGACGUCCGCAGGUCUUUUUUCUUUGUUUUCUUCAUAGUGACAGCCUUUUUUGGCACUGGCAACAUCGCAUCUGUUAACAGUUUCGAUCCGGCUUCUGUCUAUUGCUUCCUGACAGUGUUCAGUCCCUUCAUGAUGGGAGGCUUGCUUGUGCUGAAGGUUGUAAUCCCAUUUGUUUUGGUAUCAUGUGCUUUUGAAGCUGUCCAAGUCACCACACAACUUUCUUCUAAAAGCCUUUUCCUCAUUGUUCUUGUGAUUUCAGACGUGAUGGCUCUGCACUUUUUCUUUUUGGUUAAAGAUUAUGGAAGCUGGCUCGAUAUUGGAACAAGCAUUAGCCACUACGUGCUGGUGAUGUCGCUGACCAUAUUCAUGAUGCUGAUGAAUGGACUGGCCCAGCUGCUGACUACAAAGAGGCUUCAACUCUCCAGAAAGACUAAGCACCAUUCCACGUGAUGACGUGAUAAAUGUUCCCGAAGAUUUUCCCACCCUCAGCCUUUCUCUGAACCAACCUCCGCCUCUGGAAUGUAAAUACAAGCUAACAGACUAGAGUGACAAAAUCCCAUCCAGGGAUCAGAGUGCUCUACUGAUACAGAUUAAAUCAUGUCCCAGGG